AUGGGCCUAGAUCUGUGGGAUGUUUGCAGGACAUCUGGUGGGAUUAAGGUUCAGACUACUGCUAUCAGAGAUCAGGCCUAUAGCUUGGCUUUUGAGGACCCCCAGCUAAUUAAAGAAUCAACAGCCACAGGCAGGAAUGUGGAGAGCCCCGAUGUUGCUAGGAAAUGGGUAAGGAUCAGAACUUUAGAAACCCUUAUCAGCAAGCAGCAUUACAAAACAAUGAAAAGGUGCCAGCCAGAGUGUUGGCUGCUGGAGAUGGAGAUAAACAAGACAAAUAGCCUGUUCCAGUGGGGGAAGCAAGAAAGAAAAAGAAAGAAAGGGGGGGAAAGGCGCCGCGUUCCCCGGGGCGCUGCGCGGGCGGCGGGAGCAGGCGCAGGAGAAAGCGAGCGCCCCUCAAACCCCGCAGCUCGGAGCCCGGGAGCCGCGCUUGCUGCGGCGGCGGCUCGGCUCUCCGUUCCCUCGAGGCGGCCCGCGCCGAGCGCAGGACUGAAUCUUCCCUUCGCCCACUUCGCCCGCAGCGCCGGCGAGCAGCUGGUCCCCGGGAAUAUGCAGCGCGCGUGGAUCCUCCUCACCUUGGGCUUAGUGGCCUUGGUGUCGGCCGAGUCGCGAGCAGAGCUGACAUCGGACAAAGACAUGUACCUUGACAACAGCUCCAUUGAAGAAGCUUCUGGAGUAUAUCCUAUUGAUGAUGACGACUAUGCUUCUGCAUCUGGCUCAGGAGCCGAUGAGGACAUAGAGAGUCCAGAACUGACAACUUCACGGCCAAUUCCAAGGAUCUCAUUUACUAGUGCUGUUCCAAAAGUGGAGACCACGACAUUGAAGACACAGAGCAAGAUGCCUGCUCAGACAAAGUCCCCUGAAGAAAUUGAUAAGGAAGAAGUUCACAUGCCUGACUCAGAAAGGAAAAUGGACCCAGCUGACGAAGAUACAAAUGUGUAUACUGAGAAGCACUCAGACAAUCUGUUUAAACGGACAGAAGUCCUAGCAGCUGUCAUCGCGGGUGGAGUGAUCGGCUUCCUCUUUGCCAUCUUCCUCAUCCUGCUGCUGGUCUACCGCAUGAGAAAGAAGGAUGAAGGAAGCUACGACCUCGGGGAACGCAAACCAUCCAGUGCUGCUUAUCAGAAGGCACCUACUAAGGAGUUUUAUGCCUAAAACUCCCUCUUAGGGUCUCUAUUUAUGAGAUCGCUGAACUUUUCAAAAUAAAGCUUUUGCAUAGAAUAAUGAAGAUCUUUGUUUUGUUUUUGUUUUUGUUUUUUGGGGUUUUGUUUUGUUUUGUUUUCAUUGAAGAGCCAUUCUGGCACUUUAAUGCUAAAAUCCCAUUGUAUUUAAAACUUUUCAUGUAUUUCUUUAGAACCGAAGUAAAAUUGAAAAACAUCUGCAGUGUUCUUGUGAGUAGCAGUGGCAAAAUAUUAUAAUGUUAUGUUCUGAAAACCUUCAACACUUUUGAUGCGCAAAUACAAAAUGAUUGUUUCUUUAGGUUAUUUUGUUUUGUUUUGGCUUUUUGGUUUUUGUCCUUUGGUUGGAAGACAAAAGCUGUUUCAUUUGUCAGCAUGUCUCUGAUUGACCUUACUGAGUUAGUCUGACUUUGUUAAUUUAUCUCUGGUCCUUUAUUCUCUUUCCUCUCUUCUUAUCCCUUUCAGAAAACAAAACCAAGCCCUUUUGUAGUUGUCCUGGUGUAAUUUGUCUUCUUGGAAUGACUCAGAUAAUGGUAAUUUAGUGUAUAUGUGAUUUUUCAAAUAUGUAAACUUUAACCUCUGCUUUAUGUAAAUUUUUAAAUGUCAGGACUAUCCAUUUUACACUUGCUUUUAUGUUUCAUUACCUGUAGCUUCAGGCAGAUUUGAAACCACAAAUUAAUGUGUAAAAUCGGAUUACAACUCCAAGACUAUUUAGUCCUAUCUCUCUGAUCAGAUCUCCUUUUAGGAAGACCUGAUGUGUGAGUUACUGAUAAGCUUUAGCAAACCCAAAGAUGCAAACAGUAUUUGAGCAGUUGCUGCAGAUUCCUUUGGCCACUGUAUUUGUUAAUUUCUUGCAAUUUGAAGGUAUGAGGAGGAGUUGAAAGAAACAGUUUUUGUUCUUAAAAAUUCAUUUAAGUUGUAAACAUCUUUUUAAGCCUUUGAAGUGCCUAUGAUUCUAUGUAACUCGUCGCAGACUGGUGUUCUUGAGUAUAUAAAACAGUUUAAAAACAAAACUUGGUAUUUUAUAAGCACAGACAAUUCUAAUGGUAACUUUUGUAGAUUUACGAAUAGACAAAUUGUAAUUUGGGAACAUAAAAACUACUGAAUAAAUCAUAUGGCCUAAUAUUGAAAA